AUUGCAGGACGUUGAAGGAUUAGCAACAGUUAACACGGCUGCUCCAUUCUUACAAUACCAAAGAACUCAGCUUUUACAAGCUGUAAUUGGAGUGCAGGCCCUGUAUAAAACCCACUGUAACGUACUCUUUGAUUUAGCGAGUAUCUUGACGGGAGCAGCGGAGACGGGCGCGCCCGAGAUGGCGUUUGAUUACGUCUUUCUGAAGGGCGAGGGCAACAAGGGACCCAGCUUCAAACCGACCUGGAAGCCGGACUGGCGCCUGCCACCCGGCGUCAAGGGCAGCCGCGUGUUUGCCCAAGUGUUGUUCUGGUGCGGCGUGAGCGCUAUACCUGUCGUAUUCCUCAGCAACAACAAGGAGGCCACAACUAAGCAGCCUGACAUCUACAUGAUCCAGAAGCAGAAGGCGCGCGAGGAGCGCAUGCGUUGGAUUGAGAGUGAUGAGAUGCCCAAGCACUGAGGACAUAGGUGCUGGGCAAUGAGGCAAGGAGAGAACUGCUUUCGAGCUGGGCUGUGUUGGCACGUCUGCCGCGCUGUGUCGCGGCAGCAAGCAGGGGUGGUAUUCAGACCGCAAUCAGCAGCAGCAGGGGGUCGGGUGAUGAUGUAGGGCGUAGUAUAUGGAGGUGGCAUCCUGUAUGUUUAUCUGGGCGCUUUAUUGCGCAAAGCCAAUUGAGUCGUCGAGCAGGCUCGAUUUUAUGGUGUGAGAGCCGCCUCACUCCCGUUAGCGCACGUGUUUGAGUGCUGUGCCGCAGUAGGGUGCUACGCCAUGAACGUUUCAUUUCAUACACGCGCGGUGUCAACUGUGUUUGGACCUUGCUAUUUGCUGUGGAAGGACCAUGCUGGGCACCACUGCUCACUCUUUUAGGCACCCGGCAGCAGACGCAGUGCCGCCGGCGCGAAAUGGUGGCUGGUUCGCUGUGGGAAAGCCGGAAAGGUGUCGAAAUGGACGCGACCGUAGCCGUGGGUUGGGCCUGGCCUGAGCCCCUGAGGAGGUGGCAGCCGUCGCGCUCUGUGGGGUGGCCGGGUCGCGACUAAGAUGGAUUGGAAACAAUCCUCCUGCCCACCUCCAGCAACGGCCGGUCAAUCGGUCCGAUUGGUGCUAUGCAUAGGAGCACAGGCCCUGGAUCAGCUGGCUGUGAUUAGGGCGUGACGAUGGCAAUGCUGUACGCAUGUGAACUUUGAAGGAU